CAAACACCUAAACUUGCACAAUGAGUUGGCAUGGAUUCAAAAAGGCCGUCAAUCGCGCCGGAACAUCGGUGAUGAUGAAGACAGGCCAUGUGGAACGCACUGUUGAUCGUCAGUUUGAGACGGAGGAGAGACGCUUCCGUUCGAUGGAGACGGCAGCUAAGAAGCUGCAAAAGGAAGCCAAGGGCUAUUUGGACGCAUUGAGAGCGAUGACGGCCGCUCAGACGCGAAUUGCCAACACGAUUGACGCUUUCUACGGCGAUGCUGGCUCCAAAGACGGAGUGAGCGCGUACUACCGCCAGAUUGUUGAGGAUUUGGAUGCAGAGACGGUGAAGAGACUUGACGGUCCUUUCCGUACGACUGUUCUGGAGCCCAUUUCUCGGUUUUGCAGUUAUUUCCCUGAUAUUAACGCUGCCAUUACGAAACGAAACCACAAGCUUCUGGAUCACGAUGCCAUGCGUUCGAAGGUUCAGAAACUGAUUGACAAACCUUCUAGCGAUCCCUCGAAAUUGCCUCGUGCCGAAAAAGAUGCGACGAUGGCCCGUGAAGCUUACGAGACGUUGAACGAGCAACUUGUAACUGAGCUGCCUCAGCUCGUGAGUUUGCGUGUGCCCUACCUUGACCCUAGUUUUGAGGCUUUGGUGAAGAUUCAGCUCUGUUUCUGUAGAGAGGGCUACGAGAAGAUGGCGCAAGUUCAGCAGUACUUUGAAAGUACUGUGCGGGAUGAUUACUCUAAUGGUGUGUUGGAUGAGCGCGUGGAGCAAGUUUUACAAAGCAUGCGCGAUCUUUCCAUAUCUGGUUUGAACAGCAGUUAGAUGUGCGGAUCGUGCGUCUGCUCACGAUUGCCGCAAGCUAUUCUUCUCCCAUCCAAGCUUUCUCACUCUUUCAUCGCCCCGCUGAAAGCGUACAUGCAUGUACAUAAGCAUACACGACCCUCCGAACGACUAUCAUAUAUACUGGCAACCGUAAACUGGUUUUGCUGUUGCGCGUCUUUAUGAGUUUUGCCUUUUAUUUGUCAGUUAGUACCCGAGCCAUUUUUGCAAAAAAUUGUAUGACUCGGUUUUCAGCAACAUUUAUCCCUACACGUUUCCUCUUUUUUAUUUUUGUGGCAUGCUUCGCUGCGCAAGCGUUCGUCUCGUAUACACAGACUCGUAUGCAAGCAUACACCUUUUACACUUUCAAUUUAUAUGGCCUUGGCAGUUUUACAAAGCAGAAAGCAGCACGGUUUAGAAAAGGCCAUGUCCUCAAAUUCGCACUACAACUUACAUGCUUUUCUUAUAUGGCUUUUAGCAGUCGUGAUGCACAGCCUUCCCCCGCAAACUGUUUUAUUCUCUAAUGAAAGUUUCUUUUUGUUCCAGCAUACAAUUAAUCGACAGCAGAGUAAAGUAAGUAAAUACUAGUAAUUGGAUGAAUUUUGCCAUUCACUAUGUAGCGGUAGUAACUACGGUGCUUUAAUAGUCUAAUUCGGG